AUGCAUCCCAAGAAGAAGGUCGCAGCAGCUGAGGGCGGCGAGGCUGAAGGCGGUCGGAACCAGCUCCUCAUCCUAACCCAAGGCCGCUACCUCACGUCCGAAGAUUACGAGCGUCUUGUUAGCGUCUUCCCUGGAACAAACCUCAACGGCGUAAAAAUCAAAGUCUCCCGUUUCCGCGUCGAGCAACGCAAGCUCUUCGAUGAGUACGGCUGGACACUUCCAGACGGCGGUGCAGUGCUGAAGAAGACGCCUACGCCGCGCAAGAACAAGAAGAGGGGUGCUGAAGCUGAGGCGGGAGAGGGAGAUGACGUUGAGGAGGAGACUCCGAAGGCGAAGAAACCGCGUGGCAGGAAGGCUAAGGCAAAGGGUAAGGCAAAGAAAGAGGCGUGUGUUGAGGCUGAAGUCGAAGAGGAGGAUGAUGGGAAGGUCAAAGAUGAGGUUCUUGAUGAGGAUAUGUAG